GAGGCAAAUGUCUGAUCAAUUCAGAUAAGAGGUCUUAACCAUUCAGACUCUGUAUAAUACUUAACCAUUCAGAGGCAAAUCUCUUAACCAUUCAGACAUCUGAACCAUUAAGAGGCUGAAACAAACAGUCUGAACCAUUAAGUGCUGAACCAUUCAGACAUCUAAACCAUUAAGAGGCUGAAACAAACAGCCCCUUACUCGUAACAUGAAGAUUGGGAAUGUCAUCUCUGUUCCACUUAUAAUCUCCACCUCUUUUAUGUGUUCAACACAAUCCAUUUGCUUGCGAGUUUCAGCUGCAGAUAAACCCUAAUCAGGGAUUUCAAAAACCUAAGGAGUGAUUUAAAACGAAAAAAAGGAAAAACGCACUGUCGAAUCUUCAUUUGCAAAGACUUUUUUUCCCUGAAGAUAUCACAAACUGAAAUGUAUGGGAGAGCGGGUCUUGAUCGCUUUAAGAAAGCUCAAACCUUAGAACCAUUUUCAGUAGGAGCAAAUUCUUCAGCUUCUAAGACAAAUAUACAACCAGCUACAAAAGCAGCUAUUCAAUCUCCAGCAACAUAUUCUCAGCCCCAAAUAUCAUACCAGCAAACUCAACACCCAAAUCAGCUCCCAUCUUCACUGAAACCAGCAGAGACUAAUGUGCUUCCUCCAGUACCAACUCAACAAGUGACCCAAGUUGGAGGAGGCCAAUCAACAUGGCAGCCACCUGAUUGGGCUAUUGAGCCAAGACCAGGCGUUUAUUAUCUUGAAGUCAUCAAAGAUGGAGAAGUGCUUGAUAAGAUUAAUCUGGAUAAGCGUAGGCACAUUUUUGGGCGCCAAUUUUAUACUUGUGAUAUUGUUCUUGAUCAUCAGUCUGUAUCACGCCAGCACGCUGUUGUUGUCCCGCACAAAAAUGGAAGCAUAUACGUGAUUGAUUUGGGAUCUGCACAUGGCACAUUUGUUGCAAAUGAGAGGCUUACAAAGGACUCCCCCGUAGAACUUGAGGCUGGACAGUCUUUGAAGUUUGCUGCUUCAACAAGGACAUAUAUUUUGAGAAAGAACAACUCUGCUCUCUUUCCACCUCCUCCACAGCCCGAAGAAAUCAAUCUGCCCCCACCACCUGACCCGACAGACGAGGAAGCUGUUGUGGCCUACAACACAUUUCUAAACCGUUUCGGGCUCACAAAACCGGGCACAUCAUCUAAAAUUUCAAAAUCAUGUAGAGGCAAAGAUGACAAUUCACCCCUUGGAAGAGCUGCCAAGAGAGUAAAGAGACCUAGAGUGGCGUUCAGGGACCAGGUUGGAGGAAAACUGGCUGAAAUUGUUGGUGUCUCAGAUGGAAUGGAUGUGGAAACCGAACCGGGGCCAGUAGGGGUCAAAGAAGGAAGUCUUGUUGGAAAAUAUGAAUCUCUUGUGCAAAUUACCGUUGUGCCCAAAGGGAAGGAGCAGUCUGCCCCCGCCGCAAAGGAUUCAACUGCUUCCCAUACCGGCAUCACGGAAAAGCUUCAACAAGUGUUGAACAAGGUUAAGAACCCCCCAAAAGGAGGAAUAUAUGAUGAUCUCUACGGAGAAUCUGUUUCUGGUAAAGUCGGAUCCUCUUGGGCUUAUUCGACUAAUAGCGAUUCAAAAGGGGAAGAAUCCCAUGCUUCGUCUACAAGUAGUAAAACUAUCAUCAACACAGAGGAUGACGACACGGAUGAUUUGUUCGGCUAGGAGUAAGCAUUUUCUUGGGUGCAUUUCUUAGAAUUCGCGCGUAAAAUUGAACUGUUGUUGUACCUUGCCAUAUUAUUCUUCCACCCCGGCAGGCGUUGGCGAUAUGAACUUCAACCAUCAGUCUGUGAAGAGGGAAGAAACAGGAAACAAUGCCACCAUUAAUAUGAGGUCAGGCUGUGUAUUUCCCUCACAUGGGCACCAGAAUGUCAUCUGCUUUGAGGGCUAAAAGGUAAUUGUUCUUGGGGGACUCUUAU